AAUAUGCAAUGUGUGCAGCUGAUUCUGCUUUACUUUCCCAGCUUCAAGCAUCCCCAUCUGUGCCAAAACCACAAACAAAUGCACACUUCAAGCCAUUGGCAGAGGUUGUACGUCCCACAUGUUUGGAUGAAUACGUUGGGCAGAGAGACAUUGUUGGAGAGAACUGUUUGUUGAGAAAGCUGAUACUUUCAAACAAUAUUCCUUCUAUGGUGUUGUGGGGACCACCAGGAUGUGGAAAGACAACAAUAGCAUCCAUCAUUGCUAAACAUUGCAAGCAGUCAUCAUGUGCCAAUUUUGUGACGUUGUCUGCAGUGUCUACCGGUGUGAAGGAAGUUAAGGACGUUAUUGAGCGUGCAAAAAAUGACCAGAAGAUGUUGAAAAGGAAGACAGUACUGUUUAUUGAUGAAAUUCACCGAUUCAACAAGCUGCAACAAGAUGUGUUCCUGCCACACGUAGAGAAUGGUACAAUCAUACUAAUAGGUGCCACAACUGAAAACCCAUCAUUCUCUUUGAACUCUGCACUUCUCUCGAGGUGUAGAGUGUUUGUACUUGAAAAACUAUCUUUGGAAAGUGUUACAUUAAUACUGCAGAGAGCUCUCAAACAGCUAAAUAUUGCCAUAGUGCCUGAUGGCCACAACCAACUGCAUGAGGAUAAAAGAUGUGCACAGAUAGAUGAAGAUGCAGUAAGGUUCCUUGCUGCUGUGUGUGAUGGGGAUGCGCGAACAGCUUUAAAUGCUCUACAAGCAGCAGUUCAAUCACAUGCAAAUUCACAACCUGAGAAGGUGGACAAUGCAUUGCAUAUAACAAAGGACUCUAUCAGAGAUGGUCUUCAGAAGACUCACUUUCUUUACGAUAGGAAAGGUGACCAACAUUACAACACAAUAUCUGCAUUUAUAAAGUCUAUGAGGGGCUCAGAUGCAAAUGCGGCACUUUACUACCUGGCAAGAAUGUUAACAGGCGGCGAGGAUCCUCGUUUCAUAGCAAGAAGACUGAUAAUAUUUGCUAGUGAAGACAUAGGCAUUGCAGAUUCUCAAGCUUUGCCAUUAGCAGUUGCAACUCAUGAAAGUGUUCUCAAAGUGGGAAUGCCGGAAUGUCGGAUAAUGCUGUCCCAUUGUACCACAUACAUGGCACGAGCGCCAAAAUCACGCGAAACCUACAAUGCUUAUGGCAAGGUUGAGAAACUCCUUCAAGACCAUGAGGGACCCUUGCCACCAAUUCCAUUGCAUUUGUGUAAUGCCCCUACUUCACUUAUGAAGCAACUAGGAUACGGCAUGAAACCUACAAAUGCAAGUUAUUUACCAGCAUCGUUAACUGGAGUUGAUUUUUUUGGGCACCAGUGAUCUGCUUACGUUAAACUUGUUAUAGUUCCAGUAGUAGUACAUCCGCAGCGGCCGUUAUUGUGAAUAAGAGCAUUCAUAAUCAUUGUUACAUACAUUCAUUCAGAGGUUAUGUUGGUAUUGCUAAAAUAAAGUACUAUGAAGUGUUGUAA